UUGAAACCGCUAUUUUCAAACUAAUAGCUGACUAAAUAGUUUACGGAAGAACAUAUUUGAAUUAGUCCACGUUUUAACUAUAUCACAAAUAAAAACGUUAUGCGGGACUUUAGGUAUGAUACUCACUUUUUGAAGCACCCACUUCCGCUGCCACCAACAAACAUGGCCGACAGAGAGAAGCGCCGGUCCGGAGUGUCUCCCCCUGCUGUCGUGGCCGAAGGCAAGACCUCCAAGUCGGACACGGACAGAGACUUCCUAUCGCAGGCCGGCGUCGGGGAGCUUCUACGCGGUGCCGUGUUAAAGAUGGUCGAAGCCAGGCCGGACGACCCCAUUGGCUUCCUGGCCGACCACUUCGGCGGCCUCGCCUCGGUGGUGGAGGCCGGCAGCGGCGACAAGGACCACCUGAACAACGGCUCGCCGGGAGGAGGAGCCCUGGCUCAGCAGCGUCUAAACCGGGCACUGUGGCACCUGCGCCUGGCUCACCACUCCCAGAGAUCGGCGUUCAGCAACAACGUCCGUGUAGCUUACAACCUCCUGAACCUCGCCGGGGCCUUCCAAGGUCCACAUGAGGUACAGGAGGACCCCCGUGAUUCCCCAAGAGUGUCAGGCGGAGGGGGCGUCCGAGGGGGCGUGUACAUACAGACUCUGCAGUGCCUGUGCAGCGAGGGCGGCAUCCCGGCCUCCACCGCCGCCCCUCUCCUGUGUCGCCUCCACUGCCAAGACCACGAGGUCGUCCCUUACGACGUCUUCCGCCACGGCGUGCUCACGUGCGCCAUUUUCUCGGACUACAUCCGCCAAGCCCAGCGGCUUUACGCCGAAGUGUGCUGCCCGGACGAGGGGUCGCCGUCACGGGCGCUGUGUCUGGCCGUGCUCGGCACCCUGAAGGACGCCUUAGAGACGUCGCGGGCGUGUGACGCCAACGCCAGAGGCGACCUCUGCUUGGAGUCCGGGGCGAAGGCCGUUCGCUACCUGGAGGCCAACGCCAAGAUGUCGCCGCACCAGCUGGCACAGGCCAUGACGGCGGCGCGCACGCGGGGGCCGGGCGGCGACAUGGACGCGAAGGAAUUCGAGAAUUCUGCAGCGGAACUCUUUAUCGCUCGUGUUAAAGUUGUUACUUGACAGUGUGCUACUACCGCCAGCUGACUGUUUAGAGACUUGAGUAGAAGUACCUUCCAUAAAGAAGAACUAUAUGCAUGUUCCUUUGUUUGCUGAGAAAUGCAAUAAUGUCUGAUCUUCAACCCGUGCAAUAAAUUCCUUAUUUUGUUGAAGAGGUUCAUUUAGCCUACUGAUGUGUAUUUAUAAAUGGUUGAUUUAUAUAGGCU